AUGGCCGACUUCAGGAAUCUUUCAGGAGACCCAGGUUUCUCUACGCUCGAGGUCGAUCAUCGUGGCCCCCACUCAACGCUCGAAGUCAAGCCCGGAGAGGGUAUUGAGCCAUUCAACUCGGUUCCAACUACGCAAAAGCAAUCCGAAGAGCCACUGCCGCUUGUGGUUACGAAGCCUUGGUGGAAGCGGUACUGGCUCGCGAUAGUAGUGAUCAGCAUCCUGGUGACUGGAGGCAUAAUCGGCGGCGCUGUCGGCGGUACAUUGGCAACUAAGAAGGAGCCAAACGAUACUGGCAACAGUGAAGAAGCAAUCACGACGUCCAGUUCCGAGCCGAAAAGCACUACCUCUUCCGAAUCUUCAACCACGCCCUCACCCACAACAUUGACAUCAACUACCAUCUCGUACCCUACCGUCAAGCCCACUGCAACACCCGAUGCAGAUGCUGAGCCCGACGAUCCCAUCUGGGUAGGCACAAGCGAAGAGAAAGGUCAGAAGUUCCACAUCGCAUUUGCCUUAGACGGCACCAAGAAUGCUUCAUGCAACUAUGGAGUCAUCCCCUUUCCAGAGUCCCAGAAUCCCUGUAGCCACUCUGUCCUAUUGCCUGACGGAUUCCUGUAUUCCUGGGAAGGAUGUGGAGGCGGGACUUGGAUGAUGUGGAAGAAUCCGGAGAGUGACGACCCUGGGUACCACAAGUUACAUGAAGGCAAUUGUGAGUGGAAACCCACGACUUUUGACUGUGGCAAGGUUGUGAUAAAAGCCAGCUGGCUUUGCGGCAACGAUACUCUUGGAUAG